GUAAAAAUAAUCAAACUGGCAAUAUGUUGAAUAUGUGAGUUCUUAUUAUAAUGCUUAAAGGAUAACAUUAACAAUAUCAACAAAUGUCGACAUUUUUAAUGUAUGCACAAUUAUUUUUUAAGGACAUCUUGGAUUUAACAUUCUAGUGUGAUUUAGUGUCUUUUGUAGAUCCUAAGUAUUAAUUUAAUACAGCCAAGUCACAUGUAUGUCUAAAUUCUACUAAGCUAUAUUUAAGAUAAACAAAAGUUGCCAGGCAACAAAACAAAUACCUACACAAAAGAUGCUGCAAUACAAAGCAGAAAUUUGUUGUAGCCUAAUGGUCAUCAAGAUGAUUAAAUUAUUUACUGAAAUAAGUGAGUGAAACAGCAUGAGCAAGAGAGAGUUUAAACACAACAUUCCAGAGCAAUAAAUCAUUAACUAAAAUAAAACUCUUCCUAUGACAGAAGGAAAUAUAGUAGAGAGAACGACUUCUCAUGUGAUUAAGAUAAGGAAUCUUACUGACUACUCUGUCUGUGUGGCUCAAGUUUGCUUCAAGUUGGUCACAUCCAAAGGAGAACGAAAACCUUUUCAUAAAGAACGACAGCAGAACCAUCCCAUGAUGGGAUAGGAAGCAAUCCAAUAAGAAAACACAGAAUCACACAUACCUAUACAUGAUGAAAUUAUAAUAUAUGCUUUAUAAAUUAUAGCCUAUAUAUGAGCAGAAUCAGGUUAGGUUCAUAUGCCAUUACUUCACUUCCUGUUAUACAGCAUAAAACAAGACCAGCCUGUUGUUUCCAAGGGUUUUAGCAGACAAGGACUAAAAGAAGAGGAAAUGCAACGUCAAACUCCUGGAAUGCUGGGCAAAGGGGCGCAAGAUAAAUAAAUAAAUAAAUUUAGGUGAAUACAGUGCAUUCCCAGUUUGACAUGUAAAAAGAAUCAAGAAAAAAACAUGGGAACACUACAGCAAAUCACAUUAUAUAUUGCCCUCUGUGGUUUCAUUUCCCCAUCUAGUGCAUUUUCCUUAAAUAACUGCACAAUCAGUACUCCCCUAAAAGACAUCCAGCCGAAAGUACUUUGCUACAAAAUGGGCUUUUUCAGGCUUCCGCUGAUACCUAGAAAUACACGGAUUUUAGAUGUUUCCUUCAAUGCCUUUGCACAGAUCCAGAUUGGAGACUUUAACCAGUUGUCAAACUUACAGGACUUGAACAUAUCCAACAAUAAGAUCUCGCAGAUUCAAGAGGGUGCACUUGACAAUCUCUCCAAUUUAUCCCAUCUCAAUCUGGCCAGCAACAGACUACAAGGAAUCUCCAGAGGUAUGCUGCACGGCCUAACCAAUCUGCUGGUGCUACGUCUGGAUUACAAUUAUAUACAAGACAUUGAAGAGUCAGCUUUCAGCACGCUUCAGAAUUUAAAGGUGUUAAACCUAACAAAAAACCACCUCUAUUACAUAGAGAAAAUCAAGCCGGUUCUUGCAUCACCAUUUUUGGAGGAACUGUACAUUGGAAGCAACCAUUUUGAUGCUUUCAACUCAACUGAAAUGUCAACAAAGCCCUUGUCAUUAAAAAGACUAGAUUUUUCCAACAACCCUUUGGCAACAUUUCAGCUCACUGAUAAUAUAUUUCCAACUCUCAGUCACCUUGAUUUAUCUUAUUGUGGUCAAAACGGAACCAUGACAUGGAACGUUACAGAAAAGACAUUUUUUACCACAGUGAAAACAUUAUACUUCAUGGAUGUUCAUAUGUCAGGCCAGAAUGCUGCUAAUGUGCUUCAGAGCUUCAAGAAUUUCUUGAAUAAAAUCAGGCUUAAUGCAAACGUUAAGUUGAACAAGACUAACCUUCUGCUCAACGCAUGUUCUCCAAUGCUACACAUUGUACGGCUAAAUGCUAACAAAAUAAAACACCUCACUGACCACAUGUUUGAUCCCUGUUCUAACCUGACGGAAUUAGAUUUAGGAGAUAAUGAAAUAUCCCAGUUAUCACCAAGUAUGUUCAGAGGAUUUACACAACUAAAAACGCUGCGUUUGCAAAUCAAUAAACUGACUGAAAUAACAAACUCCUUUCAAAUGCUCUUCACUCUCGAGUUCAUUGAUCUCAGCAGAAACAGCAUCAACAUGCUCACCUGUGAUGACUUUGCCAAUUUAACACAGGUGAAAACUCUGUACUUGUACGGUAACAAAAUCUCAAUCAUUAGAUCCUGUUUGUUCAAGGACCUGAAGAGUCUUGAGGUCCUCAAGCUUGGAACAAACAAUCUGUUAAGGAUCGGUGAUGCUUUCAGCAACGGGCCACAUUCCCUGUUGGAUCUGGAACUAAAUUUUAAUAAGCUAAGCAAAAUCGAAAAGCAAACUUUUAGGAACGUGUCACAGCUGAACAAUCUGUCCUUACAAGACAAUCAGAUUUCAGACAUCGAAGACCAUGCAUUCGAAGGACUGAAUAACCUGACGACUCUAUUGCUGUCAUCAAACAAAAUAUCAGCUAAAACAUUAACCAAACAGCAUAAUAUGUUCUCAGGCAUGCCCAACCUCAAAAAUCUAGAUUUGUACGCCAACAGCAUUUCAUUUACUGAUGAUCAAUUGAAAUACCCUCCUUUUAAAGACCUGAAGCAACUCAGAGUAUUGGCCUUACACAGUCAACAUCGUGGAAUCGGCAAGAUACCCUCAAAUCUGCUUCAAGGUUUAUCCUCCUUGGAAAUGUUUUAUGCUGGAAACACGAAUCUUGCUCAUCUGAAUCCUGAUACAUUCCAGUCGAGCCCCCAGCUCUGGUUUUUGGAUCUCUCCAAGAAUGCGCUGUCCGAAGACCACUCGAUCCCGGCUGAGUUGUUCCACCCAAUUUCGAAGCUAACCAAACUCAUACUUUCCAGAACGCAGCUACGCUCGCUGAACUUCCUGUUGAACGCAAAUCUCUCCAGACUUUCAACCUUAAAAGCUUGGGGCAAUGAGAUUGACACGAUCAACAAAACCCUGAUUCAGUCACUGCCUCGACUAGAGGUCCUUGACUUGGAUAAAAACACGUUCACUUGUGACUGUACCAAUGCAUUCUUCAUUGACUGGGCCAAGAAUAGUAAUUCUACUCAGGUGGUUUAUUUGAAUAAGUACAUGUGUAGCUAUCCUAGCUCCUUACGAGGAAUGAGCUUGUCUUCUUUCAACCCCGAAUCCUGCAACUUGAAUAUCGACUUCAUCUGCUUUCUUUGCAGCAGUAUUGUAGUCAUUCUCACCCUCCUCUCGUCAUUUGUCUGGCAUUUUCUGCGCUUUCAGGUCGUUUAUGCAUACUACCUCUUCUUAGCCUUCCUUUACGACAGCAAGAAGAAACAGAACGGUUCGACGUUCCAGUACGACGCCUUCAUUUCCUACAACACCAAAGACGAGCCAUGGGUAAUGGAGGAACUUAUUCCCAAAUUAGAAGGAGAACAGGGCUGGAGACUGUGUCUUCACCACCGAGACUUUGAACCAGGAAGGCCAAUAAUAGACAACAUCAUUGAUGGCAUAUACAGCAGCCGCAAGACCAUCUGCCUGAUCACUAGGAACUACCUGAAGAGCAACUGGUGUUCAAGUGAGGUCCAAGUGGCGAGCUUCAGACUCUUUGAUGAGCAGAAGGAUGUGUUAAUUCUGGUGUUCCUGGAGGACAUCCCCACACAUCAGCUCUCUCCAUAUCACAGGAUGAGGAAGCUGGUGAAGAAACGAACCUACCUCCGCUGGCCAAAACCUGGAGAAGAUACUAAGGUCUUCUGGCAAAAGCUAAAAAUGGCUUUAGAAACCAAAGAGGGUCAUAAAUCAGAUCACAGAAUGAACCUGUGAGGAUAUUAGAAUGGCAUGGUACACUCUCAGAAAUAAAGAUAUAAAAGUGUCACUUUCGUACCCUUUACAUACUAAUAUGCACUAACACGUACCUUCAAGGUACCAAAUAUGGACUUUUUAGGUACAAAGGUGUACCUUUUGAAAAGUGACAGCUUUUGUACUUUUUUUCUGAGAGUGUACAGUAUGCUAAGAGCCUUCCUGUAAAUUUAAUUGGACAUAAAUUGUCUUCUUCUUUUUUGUUUUUAAAAUAACACCGUUCAAAAGUUUGGGGACUGUACUUGAUUCUGCAAUGUUUUUUUCUCUUAUGCUCACCAAGGCUACAUUUAUUUUAUCAAACAGAUCAAACAAUAUUAUUGUUAAAUGCUAUUACAUUUUAAAUUUAAAAUAGCUGUUGUCUACUUGAAUAUAUUUUAAAAUGUCAUAAAAUCCUGUGAUGGCAAAGCUGAAUUUCCAGCAUAAUUUCUCCAGUGUUCAGUGUCACAUGAUUCUUCAAAACUCAUUCAAAUAUGCUGAUUCUAAACAAACAAUUUUCUUACUAUUGUUUCUUACAAUAUUUCUUACUAUUAUCUAUGUUAAA